AUGCCCCCACCCAGCGGUGUCAGUGGCCUCUGGGGACAUCCCUCAUGUGCAGACUUUGUGCCCAGGGCUGCUUCGGACGGUGCUCCUCGUUCCCCUGGAACAACCACCUGGUUCCCCUGGGACGCCUGCCUCGUUCCCCUGCGGGAGGCCUUCGUGGGCAGCCCCAGCUUUGUACCAGCUACUAAAAAGAAAAUGUCCCAGCUAAAACCAAGAUUUGCAUCCACAGCUUCUCCAGGCACUGUUCCAAUGUCUCAUCACCCUCACAAAAUCAAAGGCAGAAGAGAAAAUCAAAUUUCGUAUUUGAAAAUAUCAAAACUAGCAUUGGCUUUUGCAAUUAUCCACUCAAAACCACCAGGGAAGAGUUCCAAAGAAUACACAGAGUACCUUUCCAGAAUUGUAUCCGAACAAGAUUUUGGAUGGAAACGGAAAGUGGAAGUGCUGGAAGCUGAAGUUCUUAGAUUACAACAGGAACUUCUUUUGAACAGGAUCUCUCCAAGAUUCUGCUUGGAAAAUAGAAAACAAGAUACCUCUGCUGAAACUCUUCUGGGUCAGGAACAUAUAAACCCUACAAGUUACUCAAGCCAGCUAGAAGACUCUGGAUGUGAUGUCUGUAAUGACUCUGCAUUUGAUUCUUUAGGCAUAGCUUCAGAUUUUCACCAAUCUGAGCAUAAUGUCAGCAAACAUUGGUUGGAAAGAGUUCCCCCACUGCAUCUUUUCCAUACUAGCAAGGAGCAAUCUCUGACUGCUCCAGUGCAUUUUUUGCAAUGCUUGCUUGAAAUAAGAAAACUGUCAGAAGGAGGACGUCUUCAAGCAGACUUUUCACAGCUUGAGAAUGAUUCUUCUACCAUAUGCAAUUCAGUGUCUCAGUUACUUGAUGGACUGACUGUUUUUUACAACAGUCCCAAAUUCCCAGCUCCAAGUUUCCUUUCUGAAGGAGUUUGUGUUCUGAUCAGUUUGAUAACUGAUACUAAAUUAUCUAAUCAUGUUUUGAAGAAGUGUUUCAAGAAGAUGGAAGAAUUUAAGAAAAAUCUAAUUCAAAUUAUUUUAAGAAAUAGGAGUGUCAAUAGGUUUCAGGCACUGCAUUCUGUAUCACAAACUCUGGGUUUGCUAGGAAGGAACAACAUACUAAGAAAUUCUUUAAUAUCGCUUCUCCUAUCGGAAGUCCGUCAGUUUGCUGAGCAGUUGUUGCAAGCUCACCAGGUCCAGUCUGUGUAUGACAUCACCCAGUAUGAGAAUAUUUUUCUUUUGUGCAUGAUUCUGGAACAACUUCUUCAAAAUGAGACAGAAGAAAGUAACAUUUCAAACCCAGACUAUGGAGAAGAAGAAAAAAUCAAAUUUCUGAAGAACCUUGAUCAAAUUAUUCUUCAUCUCUCAGAUGAAUUCCCGAUGUUUUCUUUAUAUUUGUGGAGAGUGAGUGUUCUUUUGGACUCAGGUCGAAUGCAAGUUGAUUAA